AUGACCAUCCCCGCCGCAGACGAGACCAUCUUCCCUACAAACCUGGGCCCUGAAUACGUCGGCUUCGACCAUAUCCUCUGGUACGUCGGCAAUGCCAAGCAAGCCGCAUCCUACUACAUCACCCGCAUGGGCUUCAAGCCCAUCGCCUACCGGGGUCCAGAAACAGGCUCGCCCUACCUGGCCAGCUACGUGAUUGCCAACGGCGAUGCGGUCUUCGUUCUCACAGCACCGGUUUGCGGACCUGAAUCCAAGACGGAGAACAAUAAUAAUGCCCUCCAACGCGCGACGGACGAGGACCGCGCGGUACUAGCCGAGAUUCACGAGCAUUUGACGACGCACGGCGACGGAGUCAAGGACGUCGCGUUCCGGGUUACCGGGGACGUAGGCGCGAUGUGGAAGCGCGCCGUUGAGAACGGGGCUGCUGCUGUGGCGGAGCCGAGGAGUGUGAAGGCGGAUGGCGAGAGCGAUGGAUAUAUUAUGAGGGCGUCGGUGGGGACAUACGGGGAUACCGUGCACUCGCUGGUCAAUCGGGAGCAUUACAAGGAUACUGCGCCGUUUUUGCCGGGGUAUCGGGUUGUUGAUGGUGAUGAGGAUCCUAUCAACCAGAUCCUGCCGCCGGUCCAAUUUCUGGAGAUUGAUCACUGUGUGGGGAAUCAGACGUGGGGUGGAGUGGAUCGGAUUGUGCAAUUCUACGAGGAAUGUUUGGAUUUCCACCGUUACUGGACGGUUGACGACAAGGAUAUGUGCAGCGAGUACUCCGCCAUGCGGUCCAUCGUGGUAGCAUCACCAAACGAGGCCAUCAAAAUGCCCAUGAACGAACCCGCAGUUGGCAAAAAGAAGUCUCAAAUUGAGGAAUUCGUCGAUUACUACCACGGUGCCGGUGUCCAGCAUAUCGCCUUCCGCUCCAACGACAUCGUCUCUGCCGUCACAAACCUGCAGGCCCGGGGCGUUCAAUUCCUCAAAGUCCCCAGUACAUACUACGCCGACCUGCGCCGGCGUCUCUCACAUGUCUCCUGGACGCUGAGCGCCGACGUCGACGUGCUGGAGAAGCUCAAUAUCCUUGUCGACUUUGAUGAGCGCGGGUACCUGCUGCAGAUCUUUGCCAAGCAUGUCGGGGAUCGGCCAACUGUGUUUGUCGAGGUGAUCCAGCGACGUGGAUUCGAUGGGUUUGGAGCUGGUAAUUUCAAGAGUCUAUUUGAGGCUUUUGAGCGGGAGCAGGCGCUGAGGGGGAAUCUGUGA